AUGUCUUCGUUAUUUUCAUUAAAAGGUCAAGUUGCAGUUCUUACAGGUGGAACCAAUGGAAUUGGGCUUGGAUACGCUAAAGGUUUAGCCUCAGCUGAACUUGAUCAAUUGAUCCUCACAUACCGCUCUGAAUCGACGCUUGAGCAAGCUAAGGAAGUCAUCAAAUCCGUUAAUUCAAACAUUGAAAUUUCAGGCAUCAAAGUAGAUUUCUUAGAAGAAGAAGAGGAUGAAUUGGUUGACAAGAUUGUGAGUGAAUCAUACAAAUUAUCCAAGACCGGUAAAGUCGAUAUCCUCAUUAAUAAUGCUGGUAUCACCGAACGUUACCAAUUUGAGUCUUUCCCAGAAGACAAGUUCCAGUCUGUUUUAAAAGUCGACUUGAAUGUUCCUGUUAAGUUGACCAAAAGGUUUGGCGCCAAGAUGCUUGAACAACACGUGCAAGGUAAAAUUGUCUCGACUGCAAGUCUUUUAUCAUUCCAAGGUGGUGUUUUAUCUACCCCAUACGCUAUUGCUAAAGGCGCUUUGAAGCAAUUCACCCAAGCUGUAUCAAAUGAAUGGUCAAGCCGUGGUAUCAGAGUGAAUUGUAUUGCACCAGGUUAUAUAGAAACAAAAUUGACAGAUAACAUGGCAAAGGAGGCUAAAGCAUUGAUUGAUAAGAGAAUUCCUUUAGGAAGAUGGGGACAAAUAGAUGACUUUAUGGGUCCUAUUGUAUUCUUGACAAGUGAUGCAUCGAGGUAUGUCACCGGUGAAACCUUGGUCGUCGAUGGUGGUUGGCUCAGUCGUUAA